UGGUUAAGAUUGAAGAAUGUCAUUUUCUGGAGAUUCAUUCCUUGAUUUGGUUCAUAAAAAAAUUAUUGAAACUUCUUUGGUUUUGGUUCUCUUAUUUUGGUAAUUUCAAAACCUCUUCUUUGAUUCAAUAUUUUGACCUUCGACUUGUCAACGUGCCUGCCUACCCGCAUCGACACAGUGGGAAACCGGAUCCAGUGGGUAUCUGUGGUGACUGGUGAGCGAACUCCUGAGCUCUCCGUGGUGAUUUUAUACGUUGGGUUCUCUGCCGCAUUGCCAUGCUGAAAUCAAAGUCACUCAAUUUUGCCUGGUUUUCCGGAUUAGUUGUUGCGUUACUUCCGGCUGUCGAUUGUAGUGGUGGACACGCACGCGACACGAUCGCAUCAUCGCUCACCGACCGCACCGUCGCACAGGGCGACACCGUCACUUUCUUUUGCAAUGUGACGAAAAGCAGCGGCACAUACUGGCUGCAUGAAGACCAGCGCAUUGAUUUCAAAGAAAGGCCGCGUUGGAAUGUCACAUGUCCGGCUUAUCCGCACAAGCACACCGGACUGUACACGCUGACCAUUAGCAAUGUGCAACCGGAGGAUGCCGGUAGAAUCAGCUGUAAGGCUGAUCCUAUGAACCCCGACCAGAGGAACGCUAUCGUAUCGGCAAUACUACGAGUUGUCAGUUAUACGAUCAACGGAAAACCAGUUACAAGGGAGAGCGUGCGAGUUCGCGUCGGAGAUCAUGUUGAAUUGGCGUGCUCCGUCCGAGGCAGGGAGCCUUUACCGUCCGAGGCAGGGAGCCUUUACCGUCCUUGGCAUGGUACCGCAACCACAUCGAAAUGACAAACAUACGUUGUGAGCCGCCGAGUACGUACCGAUCAACUUCUUCAUAUUACCCUCGUACAGCUGAGUUGCCGUUUUAUCUCCUUCUGACAGGAAGCAGAUUUCCUGGAGGUUGUCUUUUGAC